GGUCACGGAAAAGCGUCUGACCAGUGUACCGGAAUUAGCAGAACUAAAUGCGGGGUAGAUACAGCAAGAGUUUAUUCUUAUCAAAAAUUAAAUAUAUCAGGACAGAUGAUAUCUUUUUUAGGUCGAGGUGGUCCUAAUCCAAACUUUAUGAGAUUUGUAAAUGAACCUAAUUUUCUGCGAUUUGGACGCAGACAAAUCGGCAAAUUUAAUCAAGAAUACAGUGAUGAAUUCAAACGUGAAGACCGGAAACCAAAUUUUCUUCGAUUUGGUAAAUAA